UGUUCAGAAGAUAGCGAAUAAUGUUACCGUGCGUGAUUACAAUAUAUUCACAAUAUAGUAUAAUACGUUUACUUAAUAUUACUUGUGAAUAUUAUUUUUUUUCUUAAUUCGUAGUAAGUACUUGUUAUCUCUUGACGAACUAUAAAAUCAUAUUAAACCCUGUUUCUGUUCUUGUAAGCAUUAAGUUUCCAACCAAGUUAUGAAAGAAACGAUAUCAGUUAUGAAAAUGUUUGAAUAAAAGUAUCACAGAAAAUGCAAAGAAAUAAAGUUGAUGGUAAUUACGUGAUACUUGAAGGCUUAAACAGUAAAUAAAUUGAGUCAUGUUUGCCAGGGUUAGAAACUUUUUUUAUAACCACAGACGAAAAUUUCUCUUCGGUGGAGUAUUUGUGGGUACCUUGUACAUAUUGGCCAGGUAUGCACGAAGCAAACUCCGAGAAUGGCAGGAGAAGGAAGUCAAUGAGUUGCUCGAAAGGAGCAGACGCAGGCAACACUUUGAAAGCACAGAAAGAACAUGUGACCAGACAGUGCUCAUGCUUUCUGGUAAUCUGAGGACUGCUAUCACCAAGUGUCUUGACUGUGAGAAAAUUGUUAAUGACCUGAGAGUUGGUGUGCCAAACAAAGUGUCGGCAUGGAAUACUCUGAACGUUCUGGCUAUCUCAAGAACUGCAACCAUUAUUUAUUCUUACACCAUGCUUGUUAUUACUUUGAGAAUACAGUUAAAUGUGUUAGGCGGUUGCAUGUUCAAAGAUUACAAGAUCCCCGACACAUCACCACAGAGUGCAGAGAAAGUUACUGACAGUAUAAAAGAAAAGUACUUGUCGUUGUGUGGCUAUUUGAUUAGUGAUGGAGUACAAAAUCUAGCACUGGUGAUACAGGAAAAAGUCAAAGAAAUCAUAUCCAGUUAUUCUCUUCAGGAUCAAUUGCAUUUGCGUGACGUGCAGAACAUCUAUUGGGCAAUAACUUCCACGAUAUCGAUCACAGAACGCCAUGAUCCAGUGAAAAACUUUUCCUCCUAUAUCUUUGCUCCAGACUACGUCUCAAGUAACCAAAAAGAAAAACCACUUGCCAAGUUGUUGGAACAAACUCUGGAUCUCUUAGAGAGCCAGGAAGUCCAAGAUUUGAUGCAAACCAAUCUGAGAAGUGGAUUUGCUUUGUUAAUUGACAGAAUAUCUGAGUACUUCAAUCAAAAUGCUAAAAUUGAUGAUCCAAGCAUAAGUGCCGACACGUUUGUAAACUUGAACUCUGUGACAAUGCCAAUGGCCAAGAUCAUUCCAAUUUUAAAUGGCCAGGUGCCAGAGAAUCCAACGUGUGGUGAUUUGCCGUCCGAUUGGCUGCAAAGACUGCUACUCAGCGAAGAGCUCAAAGCUUUGGGAGCCAAUAUUUAUGAAGCUUUUAGUUACUAGAUUUUUUUACAGAUUCUUCUCUUCAUUUUUUGUUAUUUCGUGGAUAUACGAUUUUUAUGAAAAGGUAUGGAUUGCAUAAUUACUGUUAUAACUGCAAGGUAAGGGUACUCUAAAGCGUUUUAUGUUUAAAAAAACGUUAUAUUGACACAUUUAUCUGUAUGAAAAGGCGUUGAUUCUUUGUAAGUUUAUUACCAAGUACUUUCUGUUGACUCAUACUGUUUCACGAUUUCUGGUGAUUUUUAAACUUUUUUUUUUAUAUAUCAGAGAAAAAUAAAUGAUUUAAAGUAGCAAAAAAGUCACAAAGCUAGUUGGAUGUGAUUUUCCAUUAUUUAAAACGUUUUUUGACUGUAUCGACUUAAAAAGUUACGUGACUUUUUCCAGUGCAGCAGUCAUGCUUGAAUAGUUAUUAAUAUACGCAUUUUUAUGAUUUUUUUUGAUAAAAUGGUUUUUUAUGACACAAUUUCUGCUUUGUAUUAAAGAGCUGUGUUUUUUCAAACCUGUAAGAUUUGCGUCAAAUCAUUUAUUCUAAAAUAUCAACCAGAAACGUCAGCUACUAUAAAACAAUUAUCAUUGCCUCGAAAAUUUUUGUCAUUAUUAUGAAAAAAUUAUUCAAUGUGAAAAAGUUGUAUUUUUUUAAGU